CAACAACUUAAAAGAUGAGUGUCGAUGCCAUGUGUCUAGAAAUCCAAAAUGCCUGUGCAUCCAUAUAUAGAUAGUUUUCAUUACCACCUUGAUGACCUCUACGUUAUAUCAACCAACAAUAUCAACGGCUUGACACGAAUUGGUGCGAUAUAUGGAAUCCUUAAUUAUAUAGUUUGCUCGAAUUCCAACCAUGCACCAUAAACUGUCCAAGUUAGCUUAACUCUUUGAGACCGGUCUCGAGACUAAUUAUACAUAUCGGUACAUAUAUUCUUGAGAAAAAGACGCGCGUACAGCCGACAGAGCAGAGCAGCAGCCAGCAGUCAAAACCAUCUACAUGGCAUGGAUGUUUCAUUUCAUACGUAAUUGCCCUAUAUAUAAUGGAGUAGUUUCAAUAGUUUCGAAACAGAUACAGUGGUCGUAUUAUAUUAUAUAGAAUAUUACAAAUAAAUCGCAUUAAACUAUUAAUUGUUUGGUAAAAAACAAGACUUUUAUUUGGAAUGAGCAGACAAAAAACGGAGGAGAAAUAUAAGUGUAUAUAUAUACACAGAUAUGGACCAUAAUGUAGACGAUGACACGUCAAAUUACGACCAAGAAAAGAAUCAUCACGUUUAAAAUUAAUUAACUCAUUUUAAUUAUUAUAUAUAUGUUAUAAACUCUAUUAUAUAUUCUAUCAUGUACGCAUCUGUUUUUCAGUUUCCAUGAAGCUACCUAACUAGCUACAUUGUCGUCGUUCAUGUUCAAACAUUUAGCACUACGUAAGGAAGAAAAGAAUUGGCAAUGAGACAAAAGCAUCAAUGGUGACAUAUGAUGAUAUAAAUAUGAUCGAAAUCAUCAAUGCUAAACCAUUUGAAUUGUUCAAACUCUCUCAACUAACCAUAAAUAACGUAUAUAUGAAUAUAGAAAAAUUUACCCUUCACUGUUCGUUAUUUCGUUUUAGUUUUUAUGAAGCUGCCUACCUAGAUAUAUUAUUCUCCUUUUAUUCAACGUUUAGCAAUACUAAGGUAGAAAGGAAUUGACAAUUAGAACCGGACAAAAACAUCGACUCUACGUGUUAUAUAUGAAUAUAGAAAUAUGAUUCGAAUCAUUGCUAAACUAUGUGGAUUGUUCACACUUUUCCAAACAGCUAGCAAUAUGGUAGUCUUUCAGUCUCCCUCUCCGACUCAAAUGUAAAUUAAAUUAUCAAUUUACCAUUUAUCUUUUUUAUAUAUAAUUUCAGUGUUCAUUCUGAUCAUUUGUUUAAAUAUAGCGAUUGAAUAAUAAUUGCUAGCUCCUUCACUACUGAAAACAGAAAAGAAAAUAGAAGCAACCACUCACAAUGGGACACUGCAUGCAAUAUGGGUUAUAUGGCAGUCUAAUUUGUCCAAAUUGGUAUAAUAAUAAUAACAAUAAUAAUAAUGUGAUAUUUUGCUUUACAGACAAAUUGGUUUAUAUAGUUGUUGGGUUGUUUGUACUUGAUUUUGGGCGGUAGUUAGUGCUUUCCUUUGAAGACAACAACAACGUUAACCACACCCAAUGAACAAACAUUACUAUUGUUUAAUUAAUUAAUGUUAGCUAAGCAGACUUGUUAUCGGCGUGGAUUAGUUUAUUAAUAAUCAUCGAUAUUUUGACCGUAAACUAAUGGCUGCAAAGCAUCAAUUUUUGAACCAUUAACGACGUAUGUAGAACUAGCUAGCUAAGAAAUGAUUACUUUUGUGAUAGUCGGCACCACGAGUUGAAUUAUUCGUUUUGUAAAUUUUACUUGGCUGCAUUAACAUUUCCCUUUAAUUGCAUUGUUCCCACGAAAAGUCAAUUAUAUAUUUGGUUCUGUGUUGCGGUAUUUAUAUAAUUAUAUCGAUUUGUAAAUAUUCCGUUCAUUCUAAUCAAUAACUCGAGUUGGUAGACGCAACGACAGAGUUGUAUGGACUUGUGAAGGUUUGUGACUUAUUAACAGUUUGCAAAUUUCUUUGAGCUCGAAUGAUGAGGACUGGUUUUCAUUUCAAUGUUAUGUUAUCUCAUUUUAUUUAUGUCUGUCGUGGUUAUCAGGUACCUGCAUGUUUAAAUAAAUAAAAUAGCAGAGUUGAUAGGUUUUUGUUAGACAAACGAACCUUAUGUUAUUCUCUUACGUUCGCACAUUGGGCAUCGAAAAGUCAAAUUAUGUUAUACACAUGCAGUACCUUCUCAUAUGAAAAAAAAUGAAAUAAUGAAACAUGAAGAGUAUGGAUCAAAUUCUUUAGUUAACAUGCAUAUUGCAUGGAUCAAAUUUGCUGAUUUGAGAUGCAAGAGCUAUGUAGACAAAAUUAUAAAAUGAGAGGGGACCAAAAAGGGUGGCUUCCAUAAAUAUAAAAUAAAAGAAAUAUUAUGUUCCAAGAUGGUAUGCUAGCUAAGGUUUUCCAACCCAACCCAUGACUAAUUUCCUACCUAAUACCCUCCUUCCUACAUGCCUCACACUUGUCAAUUCCAAUCCAAUAUACCCCUUUUUAAUUUUCUGGAAAAAAUCCUCUUUUUUUAUUUUUAUUUUGAGUCCUCAUUUUGCCAAAUAGAUCUUUAAAAAUCCCAAUGAUAAUAUUCCCACUAUUACAAUUUCAAUUUGGAUGAAUUAUAGUCCAACACAGCCGGCAAUCCACCUCAACCGCAAUCUCUUACUUUGGUCAAACUUUUCUCCCAUGCCAUAAUAUAUACCCCUCCCUCCCAAUAUUAAUUUGUCUGCAUCGAUCUACUCCUCACCUUCCCCUCCCAUCCAAGUUCCAACAACAUAACAAGCUCUCGACCGACCAAAAUCAGAGCGAGAUCAAUCUUCUCAGCGCAGAUAUUGAGGUGCAUAUUCAUUAUUGGGAUCAAAAGUGCAUGAGAGACCAACUCUCUUCACACGGGUGUUGAUCUCCUCGACGUCAUUGACAUCUUGAGUGCUUUUAAGCACUCACUAUUCUGUGUCAAGGGGAUUCAACGAUCGAAUCCCUCGCAACACGGGUCUCGCGCUAGCUCCUUUGGUGGUACUCUUUCAUUCACAUCAGUGAUCAUCACCAACCUACCAAAUCGAGGCGGAGGCCAUCAUGUCCGAAACUACGACGUCGUUUUUCAAGUGCACGAGAGUCGUUGCGAUCUUCUUUCUCGUCGUCUUGGUUCAGCUAGCAACUAUGGCGCCUCAUCAUUCUUCGGUGGAAGGGUCGAGAGGGUUGAGGAUGGAGAGCCACAUGUUGUUGUUGCUGGAGAGCCGGCUGCCGCGGGGGUUGGUGCCUCCUUCUGGUCCGUCGCUGUGCCACCACAAGCUCGGACCUUACCAGCUUCACCGCCAAACCACUAGUGCUGCUCUUCAUACCGACGACUACAUCAUAUGCCCAUAGAUUUAUAAUUAUUCUUAGUUUUCUUUUUUUACUUUCUUAUAAUUUUAUGGCCGAUUCAGGUCUUCCAUAUUGAGCUUAGACAUUUGUAUGUAUAGUUUUGCAAUGAUUAAACUUGUAGGAAAAUACAAGGUAAAAACAGCCUCUGAAAGAAAGAGAGGAAACAGUCAAAAGGCAGAUGUAAUGAAGAGGAGGAGCAGUUUUCCAAUUCACACUUGGUUUCCUUUGUUUUUUGGUCUGGUCGGGUCGGGCUGGUUUUAUUUAUGUACCCAUCUCCCGUAGCAAAUUACUUUGGCGGGCGGCAAGUGGGCGGGCCUGACUACGGAACCAAAUUUCCUGGUCUUCGUUUACGUGCAAAGCCCAAAAGGUUUUGGUAGUGAGAAAUGCAAUAAUGAAUAAACCCACUU